AUGCUCCACAGUAUGAAUCCAUGUGAACUGCGCAACGGGGGAGGGUUCAACUUCGAGAACAGCCGCAGGUAAACCAGCAUAUUUACUGGACUCCAUGAUGCCUGUAUGUUACAUCUGAGAAACACUGACCCAAAACCCUUGAGUUUAUUUGAGUUUGCUGUGAAGUUAACUCUCACGAGAGAGGCUCAAAUGUUCAGGUGUCAGUGUGAAAAAGUGGCUCUGCUCUGAGUCCCAUACCUGUCAGGCCUGCUUUACUGUGUACAGUUGGAUCUUAACCGGUAAAUAGCUGCUGCAAUGCACCUUUGCAGUAGCCUACUGUGCAUGCUGUUUUAAUAAAACUGUUCAAUUUAGAGUAAUCACUUUACUUUAGUUGUAAGAUCAUAAAAAAUACAGUGGUCUGUGGUAUGGAAAAACAUGGAGUUAAUUUGACACUUCUAUACACUGGGUCUCAGAGUCUGCAGGUAGGCAGGGUCACACUUGUUCAGAGAGCUGUCUAACACUAGCAGACCCAGAACCAGCAGCCUUCAGUUCUAAUGGAGUAAUCCAUUUGAUCUCUGAUAUUAAAAACUCUUGAGCUAUCCCUCAAAUAACCUGUCACCCAGAACACCUCAAAAAGUCUUAAACUGGGAGAAGCUUUAUGCACCAAAGUUAAAAAUCCAGUCUGCUUAUGCCUCAGAAGAAGGAAAAUAUCAUAAAGUUCUUGUGCUGACAAGCAAGAAUUAUAGUUUUUAAUCGUUAUAAGUCAACUAAAUAUGCACAUACUUCAUAACAUGCAUAUGUAUGUUGCUGUGUUUGAAGGAUGUUUGUUUCAUAUUACAGUUUAGCGCUGAAUCAACACUAAUAUCUCUUUGUCUCUCGAUGAAUCUUAAUUUUCUGAUUUUCAGGAAUGAAGUGUUGGAGUCCAGUCUGUCAGAGCUUGGCUACAAACAACCCAAAGCCAGAAAGACAGGGACCACCAUUGCUGGGAUGGUCUAUAAGGUGAAACCGAUGUAGUUAAAAAGUUGUGUGUCUGUGUGUGUGUGUGUUUACUGAAACGUCAGUUCAGAGCAGAUACUGUGUGAGUCUGUGAUAAACUCAAAGAUAUUAUCAGGGAAUAAAAUAACCUGCUGUGUGUUUUCUGUCCUUUAGGAUGGAGUGAUUCUGGGAGCAGACACCAGAGCCACAGACGACAUGGUGGUGGCUGACAAAAACUGCAUGAAGAUCCACUACAUCGCUCCAAACAUCUAGUGAGUUAUCUGUCAACCAGGCCAGGUCCUCUCUGGGUUUUAAGAGUAUCUUUCACUGUGGUUAUCUGCAGGUUUCAGAGGCCUGAGUUCUAGAUUAAUUGGUGCUGGGAUGCUGGGUUCUGGGUUGUUAGGAUGCUUAUCCCAGUAUUCAGGAGCUGCAGUUCACGUGACUUUUUAAUCUCAGUUGAAUUGACGUGUAGGUUUUUCCUCUGACAAGUUUUUAAAUUUACCGUCACCACUGAUACGCAAAAAAGUCUCCUUGUUGAUACUCGGAGUAGAUGCAGAUUCAGAACACAAACACCGACGUAUCACUAUAACUACGUCAGAGCAGCAGCAUAAAUAUGUCCUUUAUUUUGUUCACAUGGAUUUCUGUCUCCUCCUCUUUCUAUGACUGUGUGUGUGUGUAGCUGCUGUGGAGCAGGCGUGGCUGCAGAUGCAGAGAUCACCACUCAGAUCAUGUCCUCCAAUGUUGAACUGCACAUGCUCAACACCGGGAGACCUCCGCUGGUCGCCAUGGUAACCAGGCAGCUGAAACAGAUGCUGUUCAGGUAAAAAUAAAGAACCUGCAGGCCUUCACUAUGGUCUUCUUUAUGAUCGCACUGUCACCUGCAGACUCAAACAAACAAACUCUGAUCUGAACAGGCAGGAAUAUUUCCGUCAGAUGUUUACUUUCUCUAAACGUGCUGUCAGAUCACUCCAUCACAUGAUGUCAUUUAUCACGCAGAUCCACUGAAAGUGUCUGAAGCUAAACUUAACAUGUAUUUAACUUAAUCCUGAUUUUAAACAUAACUUUAGUUUAACCUUAGUGUCUUUAAGUCCUCCUCUGUCAGCCAAUAAAAACAGGCUAUUCUUGUGUAUCCAGGUAUCAGGGUCACAUCGGCUCGUCUCUGAUUGUUGGAGGUGUGGAUGUGACUGGAGCUCACCUGUACAGCGUUUAUCCUCACGGCUCCUAUGACAAGCUGCCCUUCCUCACCAUGGGUACAAAAUUAACUUAAUCAUGAUUUUUGUCACUGUUUCAAACACUUCUGUCUUUACUGUCUCUACACUGAGAGCAGAGUUAUAGGGUGAUGCUACUUAGAAUUUAGUUUUGUAGACUGGUUAAUCCAUCGGCAGAUAAACUGGCCGGUAAAUGGCAUUUUUACGUAGUCAACAUUAUAUCGGCUUCAGCCCUCACAUGGAUGUAUGACCAUUAUCUCUUCAAAUGAAAAACUAGUUUUUCUCAUCCCCUAUGACAGCAUAUCAAAUCUAUCACAGCCACUGGUUAGUUGUUUAGAUGUAUUUUUAAAUGUUUGUGGUGAUUUAGUCAUCAUAAAGAAUACCUGUCUGUCUGUGUAAGAUGUUUCAGUCUAAUUUUCAGAUUUUCUGUUUGUUUGUUUGUUUUCCUGUUUUCUGCUGGUGUUUUUAGGCUCUGGAGCUGCAGCUGCGGUCUCUGUGUUUGAGGACAGAUUCAAACCAAACAUGGAGGUGAGACUGACCCUCCGCUAUCGGUUAAAAAACAAACUGUAUUUACAGCAAAGGAAAGGGUGUGUACAUGUGAUCUGAGUGACCAAAACCAGAGUCUUCUUAGAAUGUUGUCUUUGGAUCUGCUUGAUCAGUAAAUAUUCCCACCAUCACUGUCUUUGGUCAUUAUGAGAAUCUUAAUAAUCCAUAAACAAAAACAUAAGGCAGCUAAAGGUCAGGUGACUCAGUCAAACACUCUGAGUCUCAGGUCACAGCUGCUGGAAAUCAGCUGAGCCAAAGAUCUGCCUUGGAUCACCUGUAAGGGUCAGUGUGGAGACCUUUAGUUGAAGCAGAUAUUUGACUGUUUUAUAUUAAGAGCCAUGGUAUUGCAGGAGAGUGCAGGUGGGAAAGAAACAUCAGAGCACAACUUCUGUUUAUUUAAAAACUGUAUUCAAGAGUACUUUUGGUUGAUUCUUUGUUUUGGUUGUCAUACAUAGAUGAGUUCAGGUCUGAACACGAAAUACUUUCACACACCACAGAACUGACUCACAUAAACUCCAGGAUUCAUCAGGACAGACCUGAUGUCUGCAUGCUGGACAUGACUCUGUCCAAAGAAAUCUGAUAUUUUAUGAUACUCUGCCUCAAACACAUCUCCCCCCUCUCCUGUUUCUUCCUCUUCCUCUCACAGCUGGAGGAGGCAAAGCUGCUGGUUCGAGACGCCAUCACUGCAGGUAUUUUCUGUGACCUGGGCUCAGGUAGUAACGUGGACCUGUGUGUGAUCACUGAGGGUGGGGUGCAGUACCUAAGAAGCUACGACCAACCCGCUACCAAGGGGAAAAGGUUAGACUUACAUGGAAUCAGUCCACUCUUCUUAAAAAUCUGUGAAUUCAUUCAUAAAUCCAUUAUUCCAUACACAUUAAAACCCAACCUGUAAUAGGUGGUUAUCUCCGCCAGAAAAUGGAUUUUUAAUUAAUUAUUGGAUAGACAAACCGGUUGGAUUAUGCUUUAGAUUGCAGAGCUUAACUGAAAAUUAUGUCAGAAUCAACAUUAAACUGCAUUAUUCUUUAAGUUAUGAUAAAACUUAAACUAAACAAUAGUCAGUAACUGUGUUAGAUUUGAUUUGAUGUAAUUUAGGAUGAAAAAUAAUAUCAUUUACAAAAAAUGAUAGUGAUAUCUGUCUUGUGAGGUUUACUGCUGAUGAUGGUGUUUUAAUUUAACACCUAAAUAUUAACUUUAUGUGACCUUGCUGUAAGUGGAUUAAUUGGUCCAAUGAGCUUCAGUGUAAGUGCCCUUAUUUCUGUUUUCUAACACUGUCCUGUGUGUUGUGUGUGUGUGUGUUUCACAGAGAAGGACAGUACAGAUAUAAACCCGGCACCACAGCUGUCCUGACUGAAACUGUGACCCCGCUGAGUCUGGACGUUGUCGAUGAAACUGUUCACAUCAUGGACGCUGAGUGA